AUGUCCAAAAAUGGCAGCGUGCCGCGCUUGACUGACAACGCCGAUGACAAGGCCGCCAAGUCCUGGAUUGGUUCCAGCAUGACUUUGGGUGCUCUCGUUGGAGCACUCAUUUCAGGACCAAUGGCUCAAUUUUUCGGCCGCAAAAAGGCGCUCAUUGCCUAUGGUAUUCCCUUUACCAUUGGCUGGCUGCUGAUGGCCUUUGCCAGAUCGGUCACCAUUAUUAUCAUUGGUCGCAUCAUUGCCGGCUUUAGCGCUGGCCUGCUCUCUGGAACUGCUCCCACCUAUGUGGUGGAGAUUUCAAUCAUUAGCAUUCGAGGUUUUCUCGGUGCCUGCUUCCAGCUUUGCGUCACCAUUGGCAUUCUCAUGGUGUACGUCGUUGGCGCCUUCAUUGACUGGAACUACUUGGCGGGUAUUGCCGCUGUGCCAACCCUCCUCAUGGCAAUACUAAUGUUUUUUAUGCCGGAAACUCCGAGCUGGCUCAUUUCGCACAAUAAGCGCUCGGAGGCCGAACAAUCACUGAAGAGCCUUCGCGGCGCAGGCAGCGAUACCGAUCAAGAAAUGAGCCAACUGCAAGAGCAAACCAAGGCUUCCGAACAAGGUCAGAGCUUCAGCUUGGCGCUGUACGCGCAGAAGUUUCACCUCUGUCCAAUGCUCCUUGGAUUGGGACUGAUGUUCUUUCAGCAAUUUUCUGGCAUCAAUGCCGUCAUGUUCUACGCCACAAGCAUUUUCAGUGAGUCAGGCAGCUCUUUGGAGCCCAAAAUUGCCAGCAUUAUUGUCGGCGUGGCGCAGGUGUUUGCCACCGUGGCUGGAAGUCUGCUCGUCGAUCGACUUGGUCGCAAGAUUCUUCUGAGCGCCUCUGGAGCUCUGCAUGUGCUCAGCACGGCCGCUCUCGGUCUCUACUACUACUGCAUUGGUAAUGAUGCUACCAACAGCGAUUUUGGCUGGGUGCCACUGGCUAGUCUGGUCGUCUUCAUCAUCGGUUUCUCAAUCGGCUGGGGACCGGUGCCCUGGCUGAUGAUUGCUGAGAUCACCCCAGACAUGUCUCGCAGCGCUACCAGCGCCUUUGCAACUGCUUUCAAUUGGACUUGUGCUUUCUUUGUGUCCAAGUACUUUGAAGCUCUGAAGGACGCCAUCACCAAGCACGGCACCUUUUUCCUCUUCAGUGCAUGCUCUCUGCUGAGCAUCGUUUUUGUCGUGCUGGCCCUUCCGGAGACUAAGGGAAAGUCUUCUGAAGAGAUUCAAGAGCACUUCGGCGGCCCCAAGAACACCUCUGGCCGCAAUGAUGGCCUGCUCAAGAAUGGCAAUAAUCCAUCCUCCGCUGGUGUGGAAAUGGACAAACUGAAUGCUUAG